UUCGGGUCGACUGUUCGGUGGACCCGUAUGAGAACUGAAAGUUCCUUUACCUUUCGAGUUUCUGCACAGGGCAUAAAAUUCUCUCUCUCUCUCUCUGCUUUCCUCCGAGAUCUUGUUCAACAGUUUGACUCUGAGAGGCCGUGAGCAUCAAAGAGAGAAAUCACCCAAAUGGCAAGACAAGCAAGUAGAAUCAUUAAAUCUCUGUCCUCUACGAUUUGCCCUCGCGAUCCCCAUAUAUCUCCAUUCACUUCAUCAUCGUCUUCUUCUGCAUAUUCUCUGUUGCAGUCUCGCUCCUUCGCAGCAGCUUCUCCGCCUCCGCCGGCGGUCUUUGUGGACAAGAACACCCGGGUCAUUUGCCAAGGCAUCACCGGCAAGAACGGCACUUUCCACACUGAACAAGCUAUUGAAUAUGGCACCAAAAUGGUUGGUGGAGUGACACCUAAGAAGGGUGGGACGGAACACUUGGGACUUCCUGUUUUCAACACAGUUGCAGAAGCAAAGGCUGAAACGAAGGCUAAUGCGUCAGUGAUCUAUGUUCCUCCACCUUUUGCUGCUGCAGCUAUUAUGGAAGCCAUGGAAGCAGAAUUGGAUCUGGUUGUGUGCAUCACAGAAGGAAUCCCUCAACAUGACAUGGUUCGUGUGAAGGCUGCACUAAACAAGCAAUCCAAAACUAGGCUAAUUGGUCCAAACUGCCCUGGUAUUAUCAAACCUGGAGAAUGCAAGAUUGGAAUUAUGCCUGGAUACAUUCACAAACCAGGCCGUGUAGGAAUUGUUUCUCGAUCUGGCACAUUGACUUAUGAGGCAGUCUUCCAAACAACUGCUGUUGGUCUAGGUCAAUCUACCUGUGUGGGAAUUGGUGGUGAUCCUUUCAAUGGUACAAAUUUUGUUGACUGCCUGAAGAAGUUUAUUGCAGAUCCUCAGACUGAAGGUAUUGUUCUUAUUGGUGAAAUAGGAGGCACUGCAGAAGAGGAUGCUGCUGCUCUGAUUAAGGAAAGUGGAACGCAAAAGCCUAUUGUUGCAUUUAUAGCUGGUCUUACUGCUCCACCAGGGCGUCGCAUGGGUCAUGCUGGAGCUAUUGUAUCUGGGGGAAAGGGUACUGCCCAAGACAAAAUCAAAACUCUGAAGGAAGCUGGAGUGACAGUGGUGGAAUCUCCAGCAAAGAUAGGUUCUGCCAUGUUUAAUGUGUUCAAAGAGAGGGGUCUUGUGAAUUAGUUUUUCUUUUAGUGUUCAAUUUACUGUCCUCUUUUCUUUUAAUAUUUCGAUUUGAUUAAACUUAAAUUGAGGGAAAAUGUGUUGCCCCAAUUUUCUUAAGACUGCCUAGCCUAAUGGGCAAGCUCCAGAAGGCAGGCUGAAAUUUUCUUGCUCUAAGCUUAGUUAUUGCCAACACAAGCACUGGUACUCUCAAAGUUAGUAUUAGUUUGUAAUAAUGCCCUUCUAUAUGGAAUUUUAUUUUUUUUUAA